UAGCAGGAAGCAUUUACCUGUCAACUGUUGUCACUGCUGAGCUGGUCUUGAAAUUGUUAUGUGUUAGUUGGACAGAGCCUGUUCUGACAGGACGGAGAGUCUCCAGAGAAGCUUUUUUAUUUUGUGGCGUCAGUGUGAGGAUGGACAGUCAGGGAAGGAAAGUGGUGGUGUGUGACAAUGGGACAGGAUUCGUUAAGUGUGGCUUCGCUGGAGCGAACUUCCCCGAUCACAUCUUCCCCGCCAUGGUGGGUCGACCAAUCCUGCGAUCCAGCACCAAAGUGGGCAACAUUGAGAUAAAGGACCUGAUGGUGGGGGAUGAGGCCAGCGAGUGUCGCUCCAUGCUGGAGAUUUCUUACCCCAUGGAGAACGGCAUGGUGCGCUCAUGGGAGGACAUGCUUCACCUGUGGGACUACACCUUCGGCGCUGACCGCCUGGACAUUGACCCAAAAGAAUGCAAGAUCCUGCUCACCGAGCCGCCCAUGAACCCCACCAAGAACCGGGAAAAGAUCACGGAGGUCAUGUUUGAAAAGUAUCAAUUCCACGGCAUCUACGUGGCCAUUCAGGCCGUUCUCACGCUCUACGCUCAGGGACUGCUCACCGGUGUGGUCGUCGACUCCGGAGACGGCGUCACCCACAUCUGUCCGGUGUACGAGGGUUUUUCCUUACCCCACCUCACUCGCAGGCUGGACAUCGCGGGUCGCGACAUCACGCGCUACCUCAUCAAGCUCCUGCUGCUCCGAGGCUACGCCUUCAACCACUCAGCAGACUUUGAGACUGUGCGCAUGCUGAAGGAGAAGCUCUGCUAUGUUGCAUACAACAUCGAGCAAGAGCAGCGGCUGGCCACGGAAACCACCUACCUGAUGGAGUCAUUCACGCUCCCCGACGGCCGUCAGGUGAACGUGGGCGGAGAGAGGUUCGGCGCCCCUGAAGCUCUGUUCCAGCCUCACCUCAUUAACGUGGAGGGAGCGGGGGUGGCCGAGCUGCUGUUUAACACCAUCCAGGCUGCAGACAUCGACCUCAGGGCGGACUUUUAUAAGCACAUUGUUCUGUCAGGAGGAUCCACCAUGUAUCCUGGUCUUCCGUCCAGACUGGAGCGAGAGAUCAAGCAGCUCUACCUGGAGAGAGUGCUGGACGGGGACACACAGAAACUCUCAAAGUUUAAGAUCCGUAUCGAGGAUCCUCCCAGACGCAAACACAUGGUGUUCCUAGGUGGCGCUGUGCUGGCCAACAUCAUGAAGGACAAGGAAUCCUUUUGGCUGAGCAGAGAGGAGUAUCAAGAGAAAGGCCUGGGAGUUCUGCAGAAACUGGGAGGCGGAAUCAGAUAAAAACAAAAAAAAAAACAUGUCCACAAGUGCUUCUCAAAUGUGAGAAAUUACUGUUUUUAGCUAUAUUAAUUUUCAUUAAUGUAUAGUCGGUGUAACGGCUGUUUCCUAAUUAAAAACAUAGGAAGUUCAAGUUGAAUAAACCCCCCAAGUUUCUCAAACGACAGCAUCUAAAGCUCGUGACAUCUGAAACACAUGACGCUAAAGUUUUCUGCUAUAAUUGGGACACAAUACGCUGAGUCAGACACACAGAUACUGAAAUUGAAGUGACUCAGCAGUUUGACACAAUUUGCAAAGCUCACAAGAUUUAAGAUGUGACUGAAAUGAAACACGUGCUUGAAAAUCACUUAAAUGGCCAAAUUGAUGCCUUCCAGCCAAAGACACUUAGACUUUCUGAGUAAAUCUAGCCACUCUUUUUCCUUUGUUAUUGAUAUAAAUAAAUAUCAUGUCAAGAUAAAAUGUCAAAAAAAGAAAUGCAAAUGAUGAUUUUCUUCCAGAGAUGCUCUAAAAUAAAUUGUAAAACAAA